AUGGGCAAGAAGGACAAGCUCGCCAAGGCCGGCGCUGCCGCUGACGCCAAGAAGCAGAACGGAAAGAAGUACAAGAGCCCCGCCGCUACCGCCGCCGACAAGGCUGCUGCCAACGGUGUCGACAAGAGCGAAAAGAAGGCAAAGUACAACAACAAGAAGGAUAAGAAGGCCGCCGCUGCCGUCAAGAAGGAGCCCACUCCCGAGGCAGACUCCGAAUCGAGCGACAGCGACGACGACGAGGACGAGUCCAGCUCCAGCUCCAGCUCCGGGUCCGACUCUGACUCUGAAUCCGACUCGUCCGACUCGUCCGACUCGAGCGACGACGAAGAGGAAGAGAAGAAGGAGGAGGCCGCUGCUCCCAAGACCAACGGCAAGCCUGCCGCUGCCGCUGCCGAGGCUGCCGAGGCCAGCUCCUCGUCGGAUUCUUCCGACUCGUCUGACUCUGACUCUUCGGACUCGGACUCUUCCGACUCUUCGGACGACGAUGAGGAGGCCGAGCCCGCUGCCGCUGCCGUCGACUCCAAGAAGCGCAAGGCUGAGGAGGAGGCGCCUGCCGCCAAGAAGGCCAAGACUGAAGAGGCCGCCGCCGCUGCACCUGCCGAGCUCGCCGAGGGCGAGACCAACCAGGUCUGGGUCGGCCAGCUUUCGUGGAACGUCGACAACGACUGGCUCAAGUCCGAGAUGGAGGUUUUCGGCGAAGUCACCAGCGCACGUGUGCAGCUCGACCGCACCACGGGCAAGAGCCGUGGCUUCGGUUACGUCGACUUUGCCACCGCCGCCGCUGCCAAGAAGGCCUUCGAAGAGGGUCAGGGCAAGGAGGUUGACGGCCGUGCCAUCCGCCUCGACCUCUCCACUCCCAAGGGCGAUGUCACCGAGAACCGCGCCAAGAAGUUCAACGACCAGCGAUCCGCCCCCUCUUCGACGCUGUUCAUCGGCAACCUGUCGUUCGACAUUAGCGAGGACGAUGUCUGGAACGCCUUCUCCGAGCACGGGACCGUGAUGGCGGUGCCGGUGGACGUGGUGGUGGACGCGGUGGUGGAUUCGGCGGCGGACGCGGUGGCGGACGUGGCGGUGGAUUCGGCGGCGGACGCGGUGGCGGACGUGGCGGUGGAUUCAGUGGUGGUCGCGGCGGUGGACGAGGCGGUGGACGUGGUGGCUCGGACGGUUCGUUCCGUGGCAUGCCCCGCGGUGGCGGAUGGGGUGCUCGAGGUGGCAGCGCACGAACCGGCGGCGCUGCCGACUUUUCGGGCAAGAAGAUGA